AAACCCCAGCAGCUAGCUACCGCAGAUAAUUCUAAAUACUUACGAGUCGUACUCAUCGUCAGUACAAAGUACAAAACAUCCGAGUGUCACUAUAGUAAUCGUGUUUUGCUUGUGUUAUCGUACAGUGCAUCCUUUCCGACAAAAUGGCAUCAAAUUGUAACAUACCCAUCAAAAUGCGCAACGAUUUCAGUGUGGUCGAUAGUGAAUUUGUCGGCAUUCGAGAUAAAUUCGACGCCGAAAUGCGAAGGAUGGAAGAAGAAAUGAACAAAUUUCGGUCGGAGUUGAUGAACAGGGAGGCCAACAAUUUCUUCAAGUCGACCACCAGGUCUUACGAGUACGAAAAAGUAUCCGGAGGGAAUUCAACAACGUCCACGAGCAGUACAACCACACAAUCAUCACACAACACCUCUGGCGAUAUAAGCGCGCGACCAUCAGGAGAAGUGAGAACAUGGUUAGACGACCUGAACUCCCCCUUAAUCCAAGGAGACGGCGACUCCAAAUGCCUUAAAUUGCGAUUCGACGUCAGCCAGUACGCUCCUGAAGAAAUCGUCGUCAAAACUGUCGAUAACAAACUACUGGUCCACGCCAAACACGAGGAAAAAACCGACAGUAAAUCGGUCUACCGAGAGUACAACAGGGAGUUUCUCCUACCCAAAGGAACAAAUCCGGAAAGCAUCAAAAGCUCUCUGAGUAAAGACGGCGUUUUGACCGUAGAAGCGCCCCUACCUGCCCUCACUCAUGGGGAAACGUUAAUUCCAAUUCAGCAUUAAAUUACAUUCUAUUUCUACCAUUUGCUUUUUACAAAAUUUUUAGUUACCUACAUUUGCAAUGUAACGGUUUAUUAUAUUAUUGUUAGCUAGCUGUUUAUGUCUAAAGCACUGUGCUAAUAAUGUUUAAAAAACAUCCAAAAUAGCAUGCCUUUAUGUCGUGUAGUUUCUAAGCAGAAAAUCAAACUUUUUGUAACUUAUUUAUAGUCAAUAAAGAAAUAUGUAAGCAUUA